CGUGCCCUUGCAGAUGACGUAACACAUAACGGAAGUAGAGGAGCGAGAGAGCUGAGGCACCAGACAGUGCUGACUCAAAAUGGUGUCCCUUAUCUGCACCUUACAAUGCCACCGCGAUGACGUGAACUGUUGUGCCUUUUCUGCUUCACUCCUGGCCACUUGCUCUGGUGAUAAGACAAUCAGGGUCUACUUAACGAAAGACUUCACUGAGGUCCCGUUCUCUCCUCUCACCGGCCAUGGCUAUGGGGUUCACUGCUGCUGUUUUAGCCCCUGCGGCCAGUAUCUGGCUUCCUGCUCCACUGAUGCCACCACAGUGGUGUGGGCCAUGAAAACAGGGGAGAUUGAGGCGGUACUAGAGCAUCCAGGCAGGAGUCCAGUCAGGGUGUGUGCCUUUUCACCUGAUGCUUCCUAUCUAGUGUCUGGUGCAUCAGAUGGCACUGUGGCUUUGUGGGACUUCCCCUCCAGAACUUUGCGCAAGACUGGUGGAGUACCAGAUACCACUAUGGUUGCAUGUUCAUUUAGCCCUUGUGCUCAGAUGUUUGCUACAGGCUCCACGUACGGAGACAUUCGUAUUUGGGACCUGGGCUUGAACCAACUAACAGCUGAGAAGUAUGCUCAUGACCUGGGGGUUACCUGUUGUCAGUUUGCCCCGCUGAUAUUGAAUGACGUUGGGGGUUGUGUAGUUAAGUUCCGGUUGGCAUCCUGUGGGCUGGAUGGCUUGGUAAAGAUCUGGGUCAUUUCCAAGACUCCCUCUGCAGGUUGUAAAAUGCAGCUGCUACACACUCUGACUGGCCAGUCUGCUUCAGUUCUGUCUUGUGCCUACUCUGCAGAUGGACAGCUUUUAGUAUCUGGGUCUAUGGAUAAGACUGUUGCAGUGUAUGAAGCAAAUGAUGGUGUUUUACUCUAUAGACUGAACCAGCAUGAUAGGUACGUAACGGCUUGUGCAUUCUCCCCAACUGCCCCGCUUAUAGCCACUGGCUCUAUGGACAAGACAGUCAACGUGUGGUGUGUGGAGGAUGGCUGCACUGCUCAGGCUCCUGGACAUGAAGGCAAAUCUCUUUUGGAUGAAAUUCCAUCCGUCUCAGAUGAAGCAGGCAGGAAGUGGCUGGGUCACUCCAGGCUGAUGCCAAGUGAUUGGUCCGAGGAUGAUGUGUUGGCAUGGUUACGGGAGGAGGAGCUGGAGAGCCUUAUCGACACAUUUAAGGUCAAUAACAUUGAUGGAGCAGAACUGCUGUCGCUCAGCAAGGAGAGCCUCUGCUCUGAGCUUCAUAUAGAGUCGCUAGGUUUGCGGAGUAAAGUUUUACGGAAGAUUGAGGAGCUGAGGAACGCACCGGUGUCCAAUGGCAUUCCUGAUGAGUACCUCUGCCCCAUCACACACGAGAUCAUGAAGGACCCAGUGAUUGCUGCAGAUGGCUACUCGUACGAGCGGGAGGCCAUCGAGAGCUGGAUCAGCACCAAGAGCCGCUCCAGUCCCAUGACCAACCUGCCACUGCAGACUACCCUCCUCACCCCCAACCGCACCCUCAAAAUGGCUAUCUGCCGCUGGACAAGCAGCCAGUGAUUCUCCCCUUCCUCAGUAGUACUACAGACUAGGUAGGAGCACUAGCAGUGUUAACUGAUUGAAUUCUUCAGGAUCUUUAAGUGAAUCUUGUAGCAAGAGCGGAGGUUUCACACCCAGUCAGAAAGCAGCUAGGCCAGGGUCAUAAGAGCCUCGGUUUUUUGUUUACUAGACCGUCUAGGCUAGUGGUUAACCUUUUUAUCAGCUAGGCUGCAGCAGGCUGCGACAGUGGCAAAGAGCCAGUCUGUCUGCCCUCACACAUACAUUAAUGUAUAGAAACAGUAGGCGUAUACCUCCAUGUGUGGUGGGCCACAGAUGAAAAUUUUUGGAAUUGGAAAUGGAUUUAGGUCACAUUGUAUGUGGUUUCAAAUUUCUGUACUUUAUUUUAUUUUUGCAUUUUGCUAUUCAAGACAAUUAAAUGUAUGCGUUUGACACCUAUUUAUAUACAUUAUAUACUCAUAUAUAUAUAUAUAUAUAUAUAUAUAUAUAUAUAUAUAUAUAUAUUAUAUAUACCCACCCAAAGUGAGCCAAAAAAUGGGUCACAGAGAAAAAUAAUAGCUAAAUAAACAAAUCUAAACAGCAUAAAAACAUGAAAUGAACUUGUAUGCGAUCGCCCCCCCCUGUGAAGGCUUAAUGUUACAUCUUGUAAACCACAGUGGGACCAGAUUGUACAGAGCAAAACAGAGAGAGUAAGAUGCAUUGUUUGCCUGGGUCACAUAAGAAAUUUGGAAAAACUCUGUUAUAAACUGCUAACACACGUCCCAAGUGAAUGUAAACUUUUGUUAGUAGUUUUUGAAAGAACAUCUUAGUUAAUCCUUGCCAGAUUAUUGUUAUCAUGUACACUGCUAAUGUACUGUAUGUCUCAUUACUAUAUCACUUAGCCUAAAUGAUUUGUACAACAUACCGCAAUACUAGCUGACAGAGAUUUAUGUUCAUGAUGGAAUUAGACAGACUAUUAAAUGUCAGAGUUGAAUGGAUAAACAGGAUGUCUGUGCAGUCUUAAUAAAAUAUUAAACUCA